AUGGCGAUUAUUGCUCAGUGUGAUAAGCUUCCAGACGUUGAAGUCCUUCAGCGCUCUUCACGAAUCGUCAACACAUUAGUAGCUGACGCAUCGAUAAAAACCUAUCCUGCAACAUCUGAUUCUCCAUCUGCAUGUGUCGGCACAGCCCCCGCAACCCUCAACGGAAAGAUAUACCUUUUAUCUGGCCGUGGAGGCACUGCGACGACUCCCAUCGAAGAGAGCGGCACAACCUGGGAAUAUGAUCGUUUCAAGACAAGCUGGUCUCUCACCCAGCCCUCAAAGAAUAGUCCAGAGACGUUCCCCGCUGCUAGAAGCUACCACUGCAUAAUCAAUGAUGGCAAAGAGACGCUCUAUCUUCACGCUGGUUGUCCCGAAAAGAGACGACAUGGCGACUUAUGGGCCUUUUGUAUUUCGCGUAAAGAGUGGACAGAAUUCGCGCCAGCGUUCGAUCCUCCUCGCGGUGGUACAUCGAUAGCUUUUGUGGAUGGCAAAUUGUAUCGGAUGAACGGGUUUGAUGGGAAGACCGAACAUGGUGGGAACGUGGAUAUCUAUACGAUUGAGACUGCUUUUUGGGUCUGGCAUGGGUACCCAACGGAUGGAAAGGAUGGCCCGACACCACGGAGUGUUAGUGCGUUGCUGCCGAUCUCUGUCGGAGAACGGCCUUAUCUUAAUACUUUAUUUGGGGAGCAGGAUCUCAGUUCAUUGGGACACUAG